AUGGCUCCCACACAAAAGUCCGGCAUCGCAACCGGCCUCAACAAGGGCCACGUCACCACCAGGCGUGAGCUGAAGGCGAAGCCCGUCAAUCGCAAGGGGACUUUGGCCAAGCGCACCAAGUUCGUCCGCGACCUCGUCCGCGAAGUCACUGGAUACGCUCCUUACGAGAAGCGGAUCAUGGAGCUGUUGAAGAACUCUGCUGACAAGCGUGCGAGGAAGCUCGCCAAGAGGAGGCUCGGUACCUUCGGCCGUGCCAAGAGAAAGGUCGAGGAGAUGUCCGCCGUCAUUGCCGAGUCCCGUCGUGCCCACUAA